CCUGUCUGUCAAUCUGUCAUGUUUUCCUGUUUGUCAACCUGUCAUGUUUCAUGUGGAUCUUAUCAUGUGUUAUGUGUUAUUAGUAUUGCCUUGCAGUCUCAUCGUCAAGUUAUUAUUAAUAACACAUGAUAUUUAACGAACUAAGUAUAUUCUGAGCGUCUAUUUUUUUACUCACUUCAAAAAUGCCCCAACACAAGAAAUUCAACAAAAAGAGAGCUGUUACUUUUCAACUGGUUCACAGAAGUCAACAGGAUCCUCUGGUGGCCGAUGAGAAUGCACCUCAGAGAGUUCUCUUGCCAGUUGAUGGCAAAGAAUCAAAAAAAGAUAAUGAAAACCCCAUUGAAGAAAAACAUCAAUACGAUAUAAUCCAUGAUGAAGAAUACAAUUAUUUGGAAUAUUUGAAAGAUUCUAAAGACCACCGAAUGGAAUGGCCUGAUCAUGUUGAAAGUGAAUUGGAAGAAAGGUGCAAGCAAAAUGAGAAAAAGAUACAACUACCAUCUUCCGUUUUUGCUUCAGAAGUAGAGGAAGAAGUAGGAAUGUUGGGUAAAGCAGCUCCAGUUUAUGGUCCACAACUACAUCUUGAUCCAGAUCUUGUGGCUGCCAUGGAUGAUGAUUUUGACUACUCUGAUCCUGAAAAUCAGAUUGAGGAUAAUAUUAUGGAACUUGGUGGUGGAGUGGCUUCUGAUCAAGAAUUCAGCGGAGAUGAGGAGCUGGAUGAAGUUUGUUCAUUACCUGGAUCUGAUUUCUCUUUUGAACAAGAAGAAACGAAAUCUAGAUUCACAAAUUAUUCAAUGACAAGUUCAGUGAUAAGAAGAAAUGAACAGCUCAGUUUGUUAGAUGCGAAGUUUGAAAAAAUGUUUGCUGGUUAUGAGGACAUUGAAAUAGGAGCUCUAGAUUGUGAGGAAAUUGAAGGCCAUGUUCCGUUAUCCUCAGAUAUAUUAUUACAGUAUGCAGAUGAGUUUGAGAAAUCUCAGAAAACAGAAAAAAUGGAUGACGUUAUACUAGCAGACAAAAUAAAGGAACAGUUAGAAAUCGGUUCAGAUGAAGACGAAGAAUUGGUGGCACUUCCAGUGCCUGAAAAAGAAAAAUGGGAUUGUGAGAGCAUCUUGAGUACAUAUUCGAACAUUUAUAACCAUCCCAAGUUGAUCGAGGAACCUAAAGCAAGUAAAAUUCGCAUCCACAAAAAAACUGGCAUUCCAGAAAAUGUUCUGGGUUCCAACAGAUUAACACAAAACGCAUUGAAUAAAUUGAAUGAAGAGAAUGGAGAUUUUGAAAGUAAAGGUGCAUUUUCUGUUGGUCAAUCAGUUAUUUCACAACUAUCGAAUUUGUCCAUUAGACCCAAAAAUGAGUUACCAGAAGAGCGCAGGGAAAGAAAAAAACAGCUUAAGGAGUAUAGGAAAGAGAGAAGGUUGGAGAAAAAGAUGAAUACUGCUGCUUUCAAAGAAGAGGCAAAACGGCAGGUUAAAAUAUCUAUGAACAAUAAAAAUAAUGUUCAGGGAAAUAAAAUUUUAUAAAAGUU